AUGCACACUUCGACCCCACAAGUGGCCAAAGAGGACAAAUGGUCCCCGCGCCAGACUCCUGCUCUCGCAGUCUCACCCUGGCUUUUCCCUCGGACCCUGUCCGGGGAGGAUUCGGCGUCCCCCGAGUCCUGGAGACGUCGGAGCCCGGGCGCGCGGCCGCCUCCCGCCCAGCCCCGCCCCGCCCGCUCCCGGCGGCUGGUGGCGGCGGCGGAAUCAGCCAGCGGAGACGCGAGCCCGGCAGGGUCGGUCCCCGGCGCCGAGCCCCGUUCCCCCACCCUUGCCCCAAGGCCGCACAGCGCGCUUUGGUGCCGCAGACCAAACAUUGGGGACUUGAGCUUGACGCACAAGGUCGUCCUGACGGCGGCGAAGUCUGCCAGGCAGGUGCUAGGAGGCUCGGUUCCUUCCGCCGACCCUACCCUCUCCCACCCGCUCCGGGAACGCAGCGCCCCGCCCGCUUCUCUUCACCCCUGUGCCACCCGCUACCCAAGCGCCCUUCUCCUUUCCCACGAAGGAAAGAAAUCACUGCAGGAGAUUUUGCCAAUCCUAGCCAGCUUUCUGAUUGUUUUCCUCAGCGCCCACUGUGUGCCAGGCGCCGUGCGGGGCGCGGAGUGCGCCCCGCCGGCGAGCAGACGGCCGCGGCCUGGACGGCCGGUCCCGCGGGUGAUGCUGCGCUGGCGGACGCCGCGGGGUCGGGACUCCAGGCCGGGAGGGGGCGGCCGCGGCGCGCGGGCAGCGCUCCCAGCACAAGAUUUCGUUUUACUCCUGUUGAGUUCUAAUGGAUUGUUGAUUGAGAUUUUAGGGGCCUGGAACCGAGGUGUCAGCAGUAAUUUAAAGAAGGCAUUCAGUCCCCAGCGCCUCUUUUCUCCUUGUCCCCCUCCCUCGCCUCCCGCCCUCUCUCAUUUGCGCCUUCAAGCAGUCCGGGGGCGGAGGAGGCUUUUAAAACAAAACACAAAACAAGAUCUUACAGAGGCCGAGGCCCGCGGGAGCCGGAGCGCCGAGGGGUCUGCAGGAGGCGCCCCUCCGGCCGGCGGCGCCCCGGGCUCCCGCUCCCCGCCCGCCGCACCUGGGCGUCCGCGGGGCGCGCGGCGAGGGCCUGGCGCCCUCUGCCGGGUCCCCGGGCCGCCCUCCGGGCCUCCACCUGCGGCCGCCGCGGAGCCGAGCGCACGGGCAGGCCGGACCCUCCGCGGCGGCCUGCGGCAGCCGAGGUCCACAAGCGGCCGGCCUAGCCCCGGACUUGCGUUGGGAGGACUUCGCUGUUCCGCAGCUGGAAGCGACGCCAGGACUCGGUCGGGGAAAAGACCUGGACUCCAGACUGUUAAGAGGACCUCGUAUGCGCUCCUGGGGAGGAUACCGCGUCUGUACAUUGUAUCCUGUGGUGCCGUUUUCUGGAGUGCUUUCCUAAAGACUUAUUUCAUUGGAUACCUGAUGAAAACCAAGGAAAAGCUGCUUCUUGCAGAAGGGAAGCAGACCUACAGUGAGCCAGGCACCGUACCAGGUCUGUGAGUUUUGACAAAUGCCUACAGACCUGUAACCAACACCACAAUCAAGAUAUAGAAGAGUUUCAUCACCCCCUAAACUUCCCCCAGCUCAUUCACAGUCAGUCCCUCUCUACUCCUGUGAUGCCUAGCAACCACUGACCUGUUUUCUGUACCUGCAUUUGCUUUUUCCAAAUUGUUAUGUAAAUGAAUCAUUCAGAAUGUAGCCUCUUGAGUCUGGCUUCUUUCAUUUAGUGCAAUGCAU